UGGCAUGAAUUAAGGAGAAAAACUCGUUUUGUAAAGUCAAAACCUUGAUAUAAUCAAUUGCAAAGUGUUUGUCCCCAAGUGCACAAUAAAAAGAGCACAGCUUUGUCCAUUAGCAACCUAAAUUCAUUUCUCUAAUUUGUUUCUUCUCAUGCUGAAAAUGGCAAUGACAUUCAAGUGUACUAUUUUUAUCACUCUGCUCUUUGCUUCUUCAGCAUUUGCUAAUACUCAUCCCAGGUCACCAGAAGUUUACUUUCAAAAUGGGAACUUUGAGGAGAAACCAAACCCAACAUCCUUAAAGAACACAAGACUCAUUGGAACACAUGCACUUCCAAAAUGGGAAAUCAAUGGUCUAGUUGAGUACAUCUCUGGAGGGCCACAACCAGGAGGAAUGUACUUUCCAGUCACACAUGGAGUUCAUGCAGUUAGGCUUGGAAAUGAAGCUUCAAUUUCCCAAACCAUUAAAGUCAAACCUGGUCAAUGGUAUGCUUUAAUAUUAGGAGCCACAAGAACUUGUGCUCAAGAUGAAGUUUUGAGAAUCUCAGUACCUCCACAAUCUGGUGAUGUUCCUUUACAAACACUUUAUAGUCUCAAUGGUGAUGUUAUUGCUUGGGGAUUCAAGGCUAGUUCUAAUGUUGCAAAAGUUACAUUCCAUAACCCUGGUCUUCAAGAAGAUCCUACUUGUGGUCCACUUUUGGAUGCUGUUGCUAUUAGAGAGUUUUACCCUCCGAUGCCGACAAGAGGUAAUUUGGUAAGAAACCAUGGCUUUGAGGAAGGUCCAUUCCCUAUUUUCAACUCAACCAAUGGUGUUCUACUCCCACCAAAACAACAAGAUCUUGUAUCACCACUCCCUGGUUGGAUUAUUGAAUCUCUCAAAGCCAUUAAAUUCAUUGAUUCAAAGCAUUUUCAUGUCCCAUUUGGACAUGGAGCAGUGGAGCUUGUUGCAGGCAGAGAAAGUGCCAUUGCACAAAUUCUCAAAACUGUUCCAAACAAAGUCUACAACCUAAAAUUCACAAUUGGUGAUGCAAGAAAUGGUUGUCAUGGAUCGAUGAUGGUCGAAGCAUUUGCUGCAAAAGAUACUUUUAAAGUUCCUUUUAAAUCGGUUGGAAAGGGAACAUUCAAAACAUCAAGUUUCAACUUCAAAGCAGUUUCAAGCAGGACUAGAAUCACUUUUUAUAGUUCUUUUUAUCAUACAAGGAUUGAUGAUUUUGGAUCUCUCUGUGGUCCUGUUCUUGAUCAAGUUAUUGUAUCUCCUGUUGCUUAAACUCUCCUUAUGUUUUACCUAGCAAUUGUGAUUUUUGCUUUAUAUCAGUUGAAUGUAACGUGAUUUAUAUUUAGAUA